CAAAACGCAGAAGAAGAAGAAAAAAGUGGUGGACGUGGCAGCGUUGAGAUGGACUGGGUUCUGGUCUGUUUGUCGGUGUUGGUCGGGGUUCUGGUGCUUUUAUUGGUUGUCGCGGUCAGCAGACGGACGGACCAGAUGAUGGAGCAAAUCCAGUCUUUGUCCGCAGAAGACAGUGCCACAAAGGGCCCUGCCAUCAAAAAACCCAGGCAGGAAAAGCAGCGCAGCCGUAAAGACAAAGCUCCCCAGCACAGCUUCAGUCAUCCACUGCUGGCAGCCUCACUGAAGGGCCACAGCGGGAACGUGACGUCCCUUGAUUUCAGCAGUAACGGGAAGUACCUGGCCUCCUGUGCUGACGACCGUACUGUCCGCAUUUGGAGCAUCAAAGACUUCAUGGAGCGGGAACACAAGUGUCUCAGGGCCAACGUGGAGCUGGAUCACGCUACACUAGUCCGCUUCAGCCCGGACUCGAGGGCCUUUAUUGCCUGGUUGGCCAAUGGGGAUACAAUUCGAAUCUUCAAAAUGGUUAAAAAGGAGGACGGCACUCUGAGCUUCAUAAGUGCCGGUGAAGACUUCCCAAAGAAGCACCAGACCAGCGUCCUGAACAUGGGGAUCGCAGAGACAGGGAAGUUCAUCAUGAGCGCUUCCACAGAUACCACCAUCCACAUCUGGGACCUGAAAGGAGAGCUGCUGGCCUCCAUCAACACCAACCAAAUGACCAACUCAUAUGCCGCCAUCUCGCCAUGUGGCAGGUUUGUUGCUUCUUGCGGUUUCACCCCUGAUGUGAAGGUGUGGGAGGUCUGCUUUGGGAAGGGGGGAGACUUCAGAGAGGUGGUGCGAGCGUUCGACCUGAAGGGCCACUCUGCAGGAGUUCAUUCCUUUGCCUUCUCAAAUGAUUCUCACAGAAUGGUGACUGUGUCCAAAGACGGCACGUGGAAGCUGUGGAACACGGACGUGGAGUACAGAAAGCAGCAGGACCCCUACCUUCUGAGGACGGUUCCCUGCGAGUCCUCUGAGGGCAGCCUGGCGGCCUUGUCUCCAGACGGCCGGGUGGUGGCCAUCAGUCACGGCUCGGAUGUGACCAUGUACAAUGCUGCCAGUGGCCAGCAGGAGGAGGAGCUUCAGCACGUCCACAGCGAGAACAUCACCGACCUUCGCUUCGACGUCAGCGGCCGCUUCUUGGUGAGCAGCGGUGACAAGGCCAUCAGAGUGUUCCACAACGCUCCGGGGUACCGGGCGGCCAUCAGGGACAUGCAGGAGCUGCUGAGGACGGCCCAGAACCAGGCCAUGAAGCAGAGGCUGCAGCAGCAGAUCCGAGACGCCCAGAGUGCCCUGGACACGGUGCUGGCUGCUCCCCUGGACUGAGGCCACCUGCAAACUCUUUUAAUAAUAAAGGCUGUUCUUAUCACA